GGUUAAACCUCUUCCAGUGCAGCAGGAUGUCCCUGCUCAAUCUCCUAUUCCCCCUGAGAAAGUUGAAUUUUCUCCAGCUCAGUCCAAGCAACUUUCCCAGUCUCCAGAGUCCCCUGAAGAUGAGUCUUCUCCAGGCCAACAAGAGGUCCUAGCUCAGACUCCAGACCCCCCUAAGGCUGUGGAACCUGCUUCAGGCCAACAGGAGGCCCCAGCUCAGUCUGUAGUCCCCCAGCUGGCCCCAGCUCAGCCUUCAGAGCCUCCUGAGAAGGUAGAACCAUCUCCAGUUCAGCAGGAAGUCCCAGCUCAGCCUUCAGAGCCCCCUAAUGAGGCAGAAUCUUCUCCAACCCCGCAGGAGGCCCUGGUUCAGUCUCCUGUCCCCCAGCAGGCCCCAGCUGUAUCUCCUGAGCCCCCUAAGGAGGUAGAACCUUCUCCCACACUGCAGGAGGCCCCAGCUCAGCCUUCAGAGCCCCCUAAUGAGGCAGAGUCUCCAACCCAGCAGGUGGCCCCAGCUCAGUUUCCAGUCCUCCAGGAGUCCCCAGCUAUAUCCCCUGAGCCCCCUAAGGAGGUGGAACCUUCUCCCACACCUCAGGAGGCCCCAGCUCAGCCUUCAGAGCCCGGUAAUGAGGCAGAAUCUUUUCCAACUCGGCAGGAAGCCCCAGUUGUAUCCCCUGAGCCCCCUAAGGAGGUAGAACCUUCCACACAGCAGGAGGCCCCACUUCAGCCUUCAGAGGCCCCUGAGAAGGUAGAACCAUCUCCAAUUCUGCAGCAGUCUCCAACUCAACCUCCGGAGGCCUCUAAGGAGGCAGAAACUCCUCCAGCCCAGCAGGAGGCCCCAGUUCAGCCUCCAGAGCCACCUGAGGAGGUUGUAGCACAACCUCCAGUCCAUAAAGAGGUGACAGUUCCACCUCUAGGACAAGAGCAAGCUCAGCAUCCAAACUUGCCCAGUGUUACUGUUCAGCCUGCUGACCUGGAGCUUACUGUAACUCCAGAACCUACUGUGGAGGCUGAGCAUUCUACAAUCAUGCAGCAGACUAUAGCUCCUCCAGAGGACACUGAGGUGACAUUUCCACAUUCAGAGCACAUUCAGCAUCCAACCUUAACUAAAGUCACAGUUAAACCUUUGGACCCAGGGCUUACCAUAACUCCAGAAUCCACUACAGAGACUGAACCUUCUCUAACCAUGCAAGAGACCCCAGCCCAGCCUCCAGAGCCACCUAAGGAGGUUGUUCAGUAUCCAUCCCAACAGGAAGUGACAGUUCCUACUCCAAGUAAGGAUCAAGGUCAGCAACCAACAUUGCCCAGUGUCACAGCUCAUCAUGUGGACUUGGGGCUUACCAUAACUCCAGAACCUACUACAGAGGCUGAACAUUCUACACCCAUGAAGGAGACUACAGCUCCUCCUCCAAAGGACCUUGAGGUGACACUUGCACAUCCAGAGCAGGUUCAGAGUCAGCAUCCAAACCUGACUGAAGUCACAGUUCCACCUAUGGACCUGGAACUUACUGUAACUGCAGGAUCCAGUGUGGAGACUGAACCUUCUCCAACCAUGCGAGACACCCCAACUCAGCCUCCAGAGCCACCUAAGGAGGUUGUAGUUCAGUAUCCAUUCCAGCAGGAAGUGACAGUUCCAACUCCAAGUAAGGAUCAAGGUCAGCAUCCAGCAUCACCCAUCAUCUCAUUUCGUCAUGUGGGGCUUACUAUAACUCCAGAACCUAUUACAGAGGCUGAACAUUCGACAACCCUGAAGAAGACUACAACUCCUCCCCCAAAGGACCUUGAGGUGACACUUGCACAUCCAAAACAGGUUCAGAGGCAACAUCGAAACCUGACUGAAGUCACGGUUCCACCUAUGGACCUAGAAAUUCCUGUAAGUCAGCAACCAGAGUCAUUUGAGACAGGUUUUCCUCCAACAACUCAACAUCCUGUGGUGCAUUUUGUAAACUAUACCUCAGAAAAGGCAUACACAACUUUAACUUGGCAACCAGAACAGAAUGCCACCACAAACCUCAAAAUAUGUGAGCUCUGUACCUGCAAAGGUGAGACACUGUCGUGUGUUGGUCUCAGCGUACAGCAGAGGCUCCGCAGAGUGCCCGUGCUGGAGCCCGACACCUACAACGGCACCUUCACCAUCUUGUAA